AUGUCUACGACUUCUACGACCGUGACGAGUCCGAAAGCGGAAGAUGUGCCUCCGGCGCAGGAGGCCGUGAGCGGGGUCGUGGGCACGCUCACACCGCACCAGAAGACUAUGUUCGAUAGCUUUCGUGCGAUCUUGCAGAAGGCCAACCUAUACAAUCCGGAUACUCAUGACGACGCCACCCUCAUUCGAUUCCUGCGUGCGCGACGCUACGAUCCGGCUAAAGCGCAUGAUCAGUUUGCGAAGACUGAGGCUUGGAGAAAGGAGAAUGAUGUGGAUAAUCUGUACGCGACGUUCCCCACGGAGGAGAUGCAGCGCGCGAAGUUGUUCUACCCGCGCUGGACGGGCAGAAGGGAUAAGCAAGGAGUACCCGUAUAUGUCUACAGGCUAGCGUCAUUGGACAGCACGAUGCAGAAAGAGCUGAACGCGACGUCAGAAAGGAGACGCUACGAGCGCAUCGUAGCCCUCUGGGAAUUCAUGCGUCUAUUCACCCUGCCCCUAUGCUCCGCCCUCCCGCACGCGCCCCCUCUACCAGUACCAGCCACACCCAACCCCUCUUCGCCCGCGUCAAAAGCAGUGAACGAUAUCCCCGCCGCAUCAGAGAUCGCAACAGUUACGGGCGUCGUGUCCCCGGACAGCAACGUCCCCAUCACAUCCGUAUUCUCCAUCAUCGACCUCGGCGGCGUAUCGAUGACUACGAUGUGGAGUCUGAGGCAUCACUUGCAGCAGGCUUCUGAGCUUGCGACGGCGCAUUACCCCGAGACGUUGCAUAAGAUCGCUGUGGUCAAUGCGCCGAGCUUCUUUGGCACCGUGUGGGGCUGGAUCAAGGCUUGGUUCGAUGAAGGUACACGGACGAAGGUGCAUGUGCUGGACUCCAAUCCCGGUCCGACACUCCUCACUAUGAUCGACGCCGAGAACCUGCCCAAAAUCUACGGCGGCCAACUUGAUUUCGAGUUUGCCGACGAACCUGUACUUGAUGCGCCCGCAAGGGAAGCACUCGGUCAAGAUUCUGUUCCCGCUGGCCCGGUCGUGUACGACGUCGCUGAGCGUAAAUGGGGAAGACCUGCGGGGUACGUAGAACCGCAACCUUCGGCGCAGACCGUUGCGGGUGAGGACAGCGACGCGACUGCCGUCGGCAGCGAAUCGAGCGCUAGGUCGAGCGUGGACGAGGGUACGCUGCGCAAGAGUGACAGCGUCAAGAGCAAGCGCCGGUGGCUCAACUUCUCGUCUACGAACUGA